AGAGGACACAGCUCUCGAGCAGGGGGGGAAUCUGUGGAGACAUUCUUGACAAAUUGCUUUAAUGUUUUGAGCGCCUUUAAAAUCGCUUUACUUUGUUCCCUUGAAGCAGGAGAUAGGGAUUUGUAGUGCAUUGAUCUACCGCGAACCGUGAGGAAUCUGCUCAUAUUUUUCCUCGAGGAAGGAGGAAGGCUGAAGACAGCCCCCUCGGAUCCGUUUAUUUAAUUAGACCACCGUCUCCCCAGUUAUCCAAUUGGCUCUAAAGCUUCCCUGUUUGCGACGAUGUCGUUCAUGAACAGUAGAUUCUUUCAGGUCCUUGGUCGCCGCCCAUGUGUCGUCGGGUUCGCGAUUGCUGCUGGGCUAGUUUGCUUGUCAGCAUGUGGAACGAAGCCUGUUUCGGAAACUGUUGUUUCGUGUGAGGAAGCGCCAAAGUUUGUUUCGCUGUCGCUCCCAGAGCAGAACUCGUCUCUGAUGUUCAAGUGUCCUGAUGGAUCGUCCUUGUUUCCAGAUGAGAAAGAGGGCACGUCCACACAAUAUUGCAAGGACGCGUCCUGCUCACAGACAGCAGCUUUAAUUGACGGAUUGAAGCUCCAAGAGGUACAAGAUGCAGACGUCGACGACGCCCAUAGCGAAGGUCGCGCAACUGCAGCACAGGCAAAGGCGUACAAACUCACAGUGGAGACACAGCCGGAACAAGCGCACACUCUCUAUUUCCUGUGCAAGUCCACGGACGGUACUCUGGAUGAGUCUCUGCCAGCCAAAGAUGCGAGAGACCCGCAUCCAACGUCGAAGACAACUUGCACAUUUCAAUUUCCCGUGUACAGUAAACACACCCUCUCCGAUCCACCGGCAGAGGAGUGUAAGGAAGGCCAGACUUUGGAAGUCGCCUCGGAUUUCAAGCCGAAGAAGGUCACGUUUCGAUGCGCAGAUAACUGGACACUGUCGCCAGCUAAUUUCGAGAAAGCAUACAAGGGAGAAGCGUGCGCCGAUGACAGCGAAGCCACGCUUGCCGAUCUCGGUUUUGGUGCGAAACGUGUAGAAGGGAAAGCGACCACCCUCUCGGCAAAGAGUCCUGCUUACGCUUUGGAAAUCACCGACUUUCCAGCUGGUCCCAACAACCUGAAGCUCUGCUUUAAAUGCAAAAGACUGUCUGAUCAGAAACAAAUUACAUCGGAGCCGUCUGAAGAUGAGUGUAGAAUCAUAGUUGAUGUGGCACCUAAGAAAACUCAACCAGAUGAAGAGCAUGGAGAGGAUGGGCCAGCGGGAGACGAAAAACCUGGUGAUGAAUCAACUGGACAGCCCUCAACAGACGGUGAUGGAAAUGAGAAGCCCUCUACAAGCGGGGCAAGCGACCAUUUCAAGCACAGCAUUCUUAUUUCUGGUGCCCUUCUCCUGGCCUCUGUCCUGGCCCUGAGGCCAAUCCUAGCGUAG